AUGACCGUCACGGUCUUGACAACAACGGCUACAAGGACCGCGCGUCGUGAACCUCUCAAAGUGAUUGAUAUGGCGGCGUCGCAGGGGCGACCUGCGUCGUCGGUACGUGGAAAUGGUGAGAAGGGGCGAGGAAAACGAACGAGCUCGCGCUUGAAUGCAAAGGAAAUUGGGGUUGACGAAGGCGCUUUCUCUUCUGGAAACUUUACACAAGAGAGAUCGACGCGGAAUGCGACAAAAAGAAACGCAACUGCAUACGACGAAGACAUUGGAGGUUUCCAAUUUUCUCGAGCUACUACCGCCGCGAAGAAACUGAAAUCAGGUUUAGAAGAACCAAUCCCAGAUGAUGUCGCAAUAGAAAAGGCCGUCCUACACUCACCACGAAGAGGUCGUCCACCGAAAAAUCAUAUAACACAACCAUCUGGAGACACGAUACCAGAAGAUAUUAGGCCUAGUACAAGAAAUGGCAAGGCCCCUAAGGGACGCCCGAAGAGGGUUUCUCUGGAACUUCAAGGCGAAGUCGGGCAAACUCGAAAACGUGGUGAAGAGCCCCCAUUUCCCACAGAAAAACCAUCGAAAAAAGGCAGGCCUGCCAAGGCGAGACCUUCUGUGGAUAUCACUUUGCGAUCACCCGAGCCUUCUCAAGGCGCAACGUCGAAGAUUGCACUGCCUUUGGCAGAUACUCCCGUUAUACGGCGAAAUAAGGAGAUGAGGGAAGGUCGCGCAGGGAAUGGGCCAAGACGGAAUAGUCUGGGAAUGAGAGGCCGGAGAGCAACAUUACCUCAUAGGGAGGUUCCAACAUCAGAGUUCUAUAAACACAUCGCAAGUGAUGGACUUUCAGAGCCUCGCCGCAUGAGACAGCUGUUAACGUGGUGUGCCACCCGUGCAAUGGACGACAAGCCAUCAGGUUCGCGUUCUGACGACGACAGUGCCCGACUAGCAGCUCGAGUUAUACAAGAGGAACUACUUCAAGAUCUUUCAAAUAAAUCCGAGUUAUCAGAUUGGUUUUCUCGGGAAGAUGCACCGGCUCCUACGGUUAUUGUCAAGAAGCCAAAUCCCAAAAACAUCCAAAAUGCGGAAAAAAUAAAAGAGUUAGAAGACCAAAUACGCAGGUUGCAAAAUGAAAGGCAUGCACUCAAUGCAUUACUACGCGUCCCUUCGAUACCCACUAUAGAAUCGCCUUCUGAGCAGGCUGUGGGAGACGAUGCUCGACCGAAAUGCCUGCCAAAUAUAGAUGAAACAAUAUUAGAUCCCUCUCAACAAUCAAUUUUGGCCACGCUCGCUCCUGGGGGUGCUCGAAAACGCUAUGAAGGGACUCAGAAUGAGCCGGAAAGAAUCAACACUACACCACCUGCCCAUCAGCCUCUACCACCUGCCACAAUAACUCGCCGCCUCUCACGCAUCACUUCAUCUCUAGCCCCGACAUUAGACGCAUUUGCUUCGGGACUCCAUGACAUCGAUAUUUAUCGUUCUGCAGCCGAUCGUCUCUCUCAUCAAAUGUUGAAGGUUUGCUCUGAACAACUUGAGGAAAGAGACAACCGGAGCUCAGAUAGCGCACCACUCCAUGAAGCCCCAGAGGAUGGCGAUACGUAUAAGGACAAAAACAAUUUCCAUCGCAAGAUUGCAUUGCGGACACGACAGCAAAGGGAAGAUCUAAGCCUAAUACUUGGGGCUCUGAGUCGUGUGGAGAGGAGGUAA